AUGUCGGCAUCACGGCGCAAACUUGCGUAUUUUGCUGAUGUGAAGGCACCCACUGUACAGUCAACUCUGCCCACAACUAUAGUUGACUUGAAUUGCCUUCAAGGUCUACUUCAAGGUGUUGUGUGCUCAGACUGUGGCAGCAGUGACCUCAAACUGCAAUGCGAUGCAGAUCGUAUUCAAGGACUGGCAGUACCAGUAAAACUUUACUGUGGACAUUGUCAAAGUAUUAGGUCACAAGCCUACACCUCAAAGAAGUGUUCAGCCAAAGUAUUUCAACAUAACAGGGGCAUUGUGUUUGCAUCUUUGUAUGCAGGCAUAGGAUAUGCACACCUGGCUAAAUUUUCCGAGGUUAUGGGACUGGAAAUGCUGACCUGCCAAGCAUUCAAUGACCACGUAAAACUGAUAGAGAAGGCCAUGUCUGUAGAGCUGAAUUCAAUUUUUGAUGAGUCUGCAGAGAAAGUAAAAGCAGCAUAUUCUGAAAGUGAAAACCCACACAAUAUAGCUGUCAGUUACGACGGCACAUGGGCCAAGCGAGGACACACCUCAAAGCUGGGUGUUGGUGUCGUCAUAGAUGUCAAGACAGGGCUUGCAAUUGACUCACAUGUUAUGUCAACAUAUUGCCAGCAAUGUUCGACAGUUGGGGAUAACUUGAAGAAAUCUGACCCAGAGAAACAUUUGACUUGGUACGAGGGACACAAGGCAAAGUGCUCCAGAAAUUUUAGUGGUUCGUCUGGUGCCAUGGAAGUGGAAGCUGCCAAGAAGAUGUGGGGCAGAUCAGAGGCUCGGCACCAGCUGAGAUAUACGACAAUUGUGUCCGAUGGGGACACAAAAACUUACUCGGCUCUGCUUGAGAGCAGACCAUACAGGCACAUGAUUGAGAAGCAAGAGUGCAUCAAUCAUGUGGCCAAGAGGCUGAAUACAGCACUCCGCAACCUAGUCAAUGCUGAAAACAAGAGAGGUGUUAGAUUAGGAGGAGCUGGCCUUGGUAACCUGACACAGACCAAAAUGGGUCUUCUUCAGAGCUACUACACCAAGGCUGUCAGGACAUACAAUGGUUCAGUACAAGAGAUGAGCGAUGCCAUUUGGGCUGCUUUUUUUCAUUCAACUUCGACUGACAAAACACCUCAGCAUCAUAAGUGCCCAGGGGGCCAAGACUCCUGGUGUUUUUAUCAGAGGUCGAAGGCUAAAGGUUUGUCUGUGCCUUCACACAAAGGUAGGCUGACAACCUACCUAAAUGAAAAGGUUGCUCCAUAUGUGGAAGCAAUCUACAGAAAAUUAACAGAGCCAGCUCUGUUGAAGCGGUGCUUGCUGGGGAAGACGCAGAACACUAAUGAGAGCCUUCAUGGCAUGAUUUGGAGUCGCUGCCCUAAACAUAUUUUUAAUGGUUUGUCUAGGGUUACGAUAGGCACAGCUUUCGCCAUUGGCGAAUUCAACCAGGGUUCUGCUGCAACCCAUAGAUUUCAAACAGCAGUGGGUUGCAGCUUGUCUGAGAAAGGCGCCAGAUUAGGCCAGCUACGUGACGAAAAAAGAGUCAGAAAAGCAGAUUUGGCCAUUGAGUCUAACAGCAAAAGGAGGAGGAUAGCCAGGCAACUGGCACAAACAAAAGAAAAUGAGUCCAGACAGGUGGAGGAGGGUGGGGCUUCUUAUAUUGCAGGGGGAGAUAAUGAAUUGAGAUUUGGCAUGCAUAUUGCCAUUAUACUUUUCUAUUAUCCUAUGAGGGCAUUUUCAUGUAUCCCUUACAGAUUUAGCAAAAA